AUGGAGUCUGACUUCCCUCCGCUACCAUCAUCAGGCCAUUUGAGUAAGCACUCAGCAAAUUCCUCACAAAAGAGGGAUAGCGUGGCUACUCCGACAAAUUUCACGUCUGACUAUCGUGGAAUAGAAGUCGCCCAGAAUGGCUCGAAGAUUAUACAUAAAAUAAUAUCCCGUGACGGCGACGCUGUCCUAGAAUAUAUCGAUACCGACUCACAAAAAAACGUGACACAUCACCGCUGGCAGGUCUCCAGCGAUAGGUUGAUAGAGACCAGUCCUUUUUUCUCUGCUUUGUUGGAUCCGAACAAGUUCUCCGAGGGAAGACGCUUCGUUGAAAGCAAAUGUAGAGCGUCGACGACACCCACACUUGAUAUCGGGUGCAAUGAUAUUUCCGCAGAAGAAUCAACGGAGCGUUUGCCGCUGGUCGGACUGAAUCUAUUCCGUCUGAUGGGCAAGCAUCGGAUAGAAAGUCUCGAGUUGUUUCUCAAAGUACUACUGUCCGCCCAUGAUGUUGAUCUCAUCUCUAAAAUGGAAUCAGAGAUCGCUCGGCAACCCGUUCCAGUGAUUGCUGGUUUGAUAGAGGUUGCAGACGUGUUUAGCUCUUCAGACAUGGUUAGUGUAUCUUUGGAGCAUGCGAAUUACCGACCCUCUAUCAAGGGCAUCCCAUCUCUAGAGGUGUUCAGCUCGUCCUUGUUGAAGCUUAGCGACGAAAGGUUGCGGCAAAUCAUCUACAUAGCAAUGUUUAUACAGCAUGAUACAAUUUUUAGAGUAGCUUCGCAUGCAUUGGUAUUGAUCGGGUCAGUCAGAUGGCUCGAUGGUGGGAUUGGACUCAACAAGUCUGGAAGACACCGCUGGUCUUAUUUUGACAAUGGAUUAGAAGACUUACAAGCUCAUUUCUUACGCGCAUAUGGUGCAUUGGAAAACGACGCCGAGCACAAGAGGCCACAACCGAAGCAUAAUAUGCUUAUGACAGCUGUUUUGUCGACCUCUAGGCCUUUUCAGUGCCGUUGGGGGUUUGACAAUUCCAAAGCCUGUGACUCCUUUCAUCUUGGUGAAAUGGUUCGGUUCUUCACGAUGCGGUCCAAGACAAUAUUCGUAGGCUCUACGUUAAUUGACCCUGGGUACGAGAACGGCUCCGAAGAAGAAGACGACGACAACGAUGAUGAUAAUGAAGAUGAAGAAAAGAGCCACGUGAGAACAUCAGUUGCGCAUGAGAAAACCCGUCCUUACGAUGAAGCGGUUGACCGUACGGCGGGUGUAGCCUCUACUGAUAUACUAUCAAUCACCUCGUCUCUGCGGCAAAUACCCGAUUAUCAAAUUGAUAUCAAUCACACCGGAUGCGGAAUCCGGCGGCGUUUACUUCCACUAUUAGAUUGUAUUGAUGGCUUUAUUGGUCACCGAAGGGCUUUCGUCGGAGUAACGGAUGUCAUGAUGUGGAAGUCGAGCACGCGCGGUAGCCAAAGAAAGGCUAACCUGGAUUCCUGGCGAUCCUCUGGUGUGUCAAGAGCCGAAAAAGUUGAUGUUCGUGGAGCAAAGAUCAUGGGGAUCCGGAAGAGCAGCCCUAGGUCAUAUAUUGACAUCAUAAACACUUCAAAGUCAUCUGUUGCAUUGGACAAGAAUGGUACAACGGUGGCACCGAGUACGACGUCACCGGUUAAUAUUAUACAGCAGCAAAGAGAAGAAGCAAGGCUUUUCUUCACGGCUAAGAAGAGGAACUGGGAGAGUUGA